AAAGUUGUGUAAAUACAGGAACUGGAAAUGAAGGAAGGGGGUGAGAUCUUGUGGUAUAAAAGGCUCAGCAGGAGUCACCAAGGCAUAGCCCCUCCAGAAGCAAGAGAGGCCCAAGAUGAGAGCCCUGGGAGCUAUUGUUACCCUCCUGCUCUGGGGACAGCUUUUUGCUGUGGACUUGAGCAAUGAUGCCAUGGAUAUCGCAGAUGACAGUUGCCCCAAGCCCCCCGAGGUUGUAAACGGCUAUGUGGAGCACUCGGUUCGCUAUCGGUGUCGCCCGUACUACAGACUUCGCAGUGAAGGAGAUGGAGUGUACACCUUAAACAGUGAGAAGCAGUGGGUGAACACAGUCGCUGGAGAGAAGCUCCCCGAAUGUGAAGCAGUGUGUGGGAAGCCCAAGCAUCCCGUGGACCAGGUGCAGCGUAUCAUCGGGGGCUCUCUGGAUGCCAAGGGCAGCUUUCCCUGGCAGGCCAAGAUGAUCUCCCGCCACAAUCUCAUCACGGGGGCCACACUGAUCAGUGACCAGUGGCUGCUGACCACAGCCAAAAACCUCUUCUUGAACCACAGUGAGAAUGCCACAUCCCAGGACAUAGCCCCUACCUUAAAGCUCUACGUGGGAAGAGAACAGCUGGUGGAGAUUGAGAAGGUGGUUCUCCACCCCAACCACUCCACAGUGGACAUUGGACUUAUCAAGCUCAAGCAGAAGGUACCUGUCAAUGACAGAGUGAUGCCCAUUUGCCUGUCUUCCAAGGACUAUGUAGCACUGGGCCGCAUGGGCUAUGUCUCUGGGUGGGGGCGAAAUGCCAACUUUAAAUUUAGCCAGCGUCUCAAGUAUGUCAUGCUGCCUGUGGCUGACCAGGACCGCUGUGUGCAGCACUAUGAGGGCAGCACAGUGCCUGAGGAGAAGGCCCCCAAGAGUCCUGUCGGGGUGCAGCCCAUCCUGAAUGGGCACACCUUCUGUGCCGGCAUGUCCAAGUACCAGGAAGACACCUGCUAUGGUGAUGCUGGCAGCGCCUUUGCCAUUCAUGACCUGGAACAGGAUACCUGGUACGCGGCGGGGAUCCUCAGCUUUGAUAAGAGCUGCACUGUGGCAGAGUAUGGUGUGUACAUGAAGGUGACCUCCAUCCUGGACUGGGUUCAGAAUACCAUGGCCGAUGACUAGAACAGGGCCGAUGGGAAGGCUGAACUCAGUAGGGCAGGCUGGGAGAUCCUGACUGAGAGCAUGAUUCACCCCAGAAAGGGGAAGUGAAACAGAUGGGGUGUGGUCUGAGGGGUGCCAGCCCUGCACUUGCUGAGUAGAUAAUAAAUGCUUGCUUCUGACCUCA